AUGCACAUGAGGGCGAGCGCCAAGCACAGACUGGCGGCCAUGGACGCGUGCGUGCGGUGGGGCGGCCGCUUCUGUGUGGCGUUCGUGUGGGCCUUCUGCGCGGUGGGCUACUGGUCCGUGUGGCACUACGUGUUCAUCCCCUACAUGAUGUACACCGCCCAUGACCCGUUCCACAUCUUCAUCCUCCUCGUGUUCCACGCGCUCGUCAUCCUCUGCCUCUACUCCUACUACUGCGCCAUCCGCACCGACCCCGGCUUCGUUCUCCCCGGCUACCUGCCGCCGGAGAUGGAGGAGGGACGGCUGCACUCGGUGGCGGAGCGCGAUGACGAGCAGGCCGCGAGCGGUGACGAGCAGUCCGACGACGGCGGCGCCCGCGGCGACGGUGACGUGGAAAUGAAGCUGCUGCGCGGCAGCGGCGGUGCUCGCGGGCCGUCGAAGGGCAAGGAGCGCAUACGCGAUCGCGAUGACGAUGGCUCGGCCAGCGACUCCGAUGCCGAUUCCUCAUCGUCCGACAGCGACAGCGAGGGGGAGAAGGAGGAAGGUAGCGACCCCGAUCAGAAGCAAAAGAAGCCGAAGAACAGGAAGAAGGACAUCGAGUAUUUUUUCCUGUUCCUCUUCUACGGCGCUGGCGUCGGCGCGAUGUUCCUCACGCUCUUCAGCUUCUGCAUCUACGACCUGUUCAAACACAGCGACAAGUAUACGUCGGAGCAGUUAUGGAUCAACGGCGUCACCGUCGGCAUGAUCGUUUGGGUGGCGGCCGCCUUCACCAUUAAUCUCACGGCGAUGGGUUUCCACACGUUAAAUCUCAUCAUCACCAACGCGACGACGAUCGAGAAGAUGGCCCUCCGCGCGCGGCUUUGGCGACGAGGCCGGCCAAGCAACGGCAAGAAACUGAGACACAAGUACGACUUGGGUCCGCAAGCCAACCUGAGGCAGGUGAUGGGCUCGUCGCCGCUGCAGUGGUUCUUCCCCACCCCGCCCGAGACCGACGGCUACUACAGCCUCACCUACCCGAACCUCAACAACCAAUUCGAGCUCUGGUGA